AUGCCUAUCAAUACAAAAUUAUUAUUGCCAGUAGCCUUGGGGCUGUCUAUAGUUACAGUGACGGCAUUUGUAGCUUAUUACAUAUUCAAAAAGGAUGAGGAGGAAACUAAUGAAAAGAAAAUAAAAUCAUCAAGAGUUAACAUCAUUGAGGUGACAGUACCAAAGAGUAUCGUCCCUGCAUUAAUUGGUCGAAGCGGCUCAAACAUAAAAGACAUAGAAAGUAAAUCAGGCGCUCUGAUCCAUUUUAAAAAGUUCAGCGACAAGGAGUACGAUGUUUGCAUAAUUCGAGGCCGGAGUGAGUCCACGCAGCUCGCCGAGGCAAUGAUACACGAGUUCAUUAAGCAGCAACCUGUUAUUGAGGAAGACACCAUGAUGGUGCCGGGGUGGGCCUGUGGAAGGAUUAUAGGUACAGGAGGCGAAUCAAUAAACGAUAUAAGUCACCGAAGCGGCGCUCGAGUGAAGAUCGAAGGCACCACCUUGGGUGACAACAGCACCCAGCGCCAGAUCUCUUUCCGCGGCACCAAGGAGCAGAUCAGUGUCGCUAAGGGACUUAUAGAGACUUGUGUGGCACAGGAGAAAUGCCGUCGCGAGAUAGAGCAAUCAAAGCGGACCCCCCGGGUUGCUAUCCCGCCCCCCCGUCGCGUCACAACCGCAGGAGACCCCAGAGGCCACCGCUUCGUCGAUAGAGGUGUACGUAUCGGCCGUAUCCUCACCAUCUCGCUUCUGGAGAACAGGAAUGCGCACGCGCUGAAGCAGGUGAGCGUGGGGCAGGUGGUGGCGGCGGUGUUCCGGCAUGACGGCCGCUGGUACCGCGCGCGCAUUCACGACAUACGCCCCAACGAGUUCGACGCCACGCAGCAGGUGGCGGACGUUUUCUUCUUAGACUACGGCGACAGCGAGUAUGUCGCAACGCAUGAGGUGUGCGAAUUGCGCGCAGAUCUGCUGCGGCUGCGAUUUCAGGCUAUGGAGUGUUUCCUGGCUGGAGUGAAGCCGGCGGGCGGAAACAAUCGUUGGUCUUCCCAAGCCAUCGAACGCUUUGAAGAAUUAACACAGGUGGCCCGAUGGAAACCUCUGCUUUCGAAAACGUGUACAUAUAAGAAGUCGAUUUCAGUAAUCGGAGAGAAAGAGAAGGAGAUACCUGGAAUCAAACUAUUUGACGUCACUGACGAAGGGUCGUUGGAUAUCGGCGAGACGUUAAUAGCGGAGGGCUGGGCGGAGGCCAGCUCGUCGCCGCGGCCCUCCCCGCCGCCCGCGCACGCGCCCCCCGCCACGCCCUUCGGAGACCUCGGCAGCUCCAGGGUACUAGGCAUGUUCCCAAGCAACCGCUCGUCGUCCUUGCCCAAGGAUCACAAGGACGAUCGCAGCGAAAAGGACUCAACACCUGAACUUCUGAAAGAUAUGACUCCAAUAUCACCUUCAAAAUCACUAUCGUCAGGGCUAGAAUCUGCAGAUAAACUGAAAUCCGUAUCUAAUUUCGACCUCUCUUAUUCUGAAUUCGGAAAACCUUCCCAAGUAAACGGCUCACACGAAGACUUCCUAGAUAAAGAGAGGAAUAAUGUAGACAAAGAAUAUGAUGGAGCUAUGUCGACUCCUAGCACACCGUCUUUGAAAACGAGAGACGAGUUCAAAGCCAAUAUGAAUAGGAUCGAUUCUCAUCACAGUAACCUGGAGUCAUUAGCUCGGUCGCAACACUAG